UCGAUUAUAAAUACCCCCUCCCCCGCCGCGGCGGCGCAGAAACCCGCGUCUCCGCCACCACCCUCCAACUCUAGGGUUUCGCUCCCGCGCCGUCGAGCGGCCAGCAUUGCCGCCGCCGCCGCCACGCGCGCCAUCGAUUUGCUCGACGACUGAUCUUCUGUUUAGUCUCGAGCUAAGUACAGCUGAUGGAUCUACUAAGGACUCCCUUUAAGGGAGUCGUCGCUGAUAUCGAAGGCCGAGUAGCUUGGUACAAGCAUGACUGGGUUGCUGGAUUCCGCUCUGGCUUCAGGAUAUUGGCACCUACCAUGUAUAUCUUCUUUGCCUCUGCCCUCCCAGUCAUCGCCUUCGGAGCGCAACUGAGCAGAGAAACAAAUGGUAUACUCACCACAGUAGAAACACUGGCAUCUACUGCAUUAUGUGGCAUCAUACAUUCAAUUCUUGGAGGGCAGCCUCUGUUGAUAGUUGGAGUUGCAGAGCCAACUAUAAUCAUGUACACGUAUCUCUACAACUUUGCCAAGAACCAGCAAGCUCUGGGGGAACGACUGUAUUUAGCAUGGGCUGGAUGGGUCUGCAUCUGGACUGCGCUCAUGUUGUUUCUUCUGGCAAUGUUCAAUGCUUCUAAUGUUAUUAGCAGGUUUACAAGGGUUGCAGGAGAACUUUUUGGGAUGUUGAUUACUGUUCUGUUCCUGCAACAAGCCAUUAAAGGAAUUAUAGAGGAAUUCAAGGUGCCUAGAGAUGCAGACCAUAGUUCACCUAUAUAUCAAUUCCAGUGGCUGUAUGUCAACGGCCUGCUUGGUGUUAUCUUUUCAAUUGGGCUGUUAUACACUGCAUUAAGGUCAAGAAGGGCAAGGUCAUGGGUGUAUGGUCAAGGGUGGCUCAGAGGCUUCAUUGCUGAUUAUGGUGUCCCACUUAUGGUGAUUGUUUGGACAGCAUUCUCGUACACGUUACCAAAGGAUGUUCCUUCAGGAGUUCCUAGGAGGCUGUUCAGUCCACUUCCCUGGGAGUCGAGUUCACUGCAACAUUGGACGGUAGCAAAAGAUCUGUUUUCAGUUCCUCCAGCAUACAUAUUUGCUGCCAUUCUGCCGGCUUUGAUGGUUGCAGGACUUUACUUCUUUGAUCAUAGCGUGGCUUCACAAUUGGCGCAACAAAAAGAGUUUAACUUGAAGAAACCCUCUGCCUACCAUUAUGACAUUUUGGUCCUCGGAUUCAUGGUCCUGCUUUGUGGUUUGAUCGGCAUCCCUCCAUCUAAUGGAGUACUUCCUCAGUCUCCGAUGCAUACAAGAAGCCUUGCAGUCCUUAAGGGGCAGCUGCUACGCAAAAAGAUGGUUCAAACUGCCAACGAAGGCCUGAUGAAUCGUGCUAGCAGUUUGGAAAUCUAUGGCAAGAUUCAAGGGGUUUUCAUCGAGAUGGACUGCGAAAAAAAUACUGAUUCUGUUGACAAGGAGUUAAAGAGCUUGAAGGAUGCUAUUCUGCAAGAAGUUGAUAAAGAAGGGACAUUGGCUGAAGAAUUUGACCCUAUAAAACAUAUUGAAGCACAUUUGCCUGUUCGAGUGAAUGAGCAGAGACUAAGUAACUUGCUGCAAUCCUUAUUAGUUGGUGCUUGUGUUGGAGCUAUGCCAGUCAUCAAGAUGAUACCGACAUCGGUCCUCUGGGGUUACUUUGCUUAUAUGGCUAUUGACAGUCUACCUGGCAACCAGUUUUGGGAAAGGUUAAGACUUAUAUUCAUCCCAUCAAGCCGACGCUACAAGGUUCUUGAGGGUCCCCAUGCCUCUUUCAUGGAAUCAGUGCCUUCAAAAACAAUUACUGUCUUCACGAUCUUCCAGUUGGUUUACCUCUUGAUAUGCUUCGGCAUUACGUGGAUACCAAUAGCAGGGAUCCUGUUCCCGCUGCCAUUCUUCCUUAUGAUUCUUAUCAGGCAGCAUGUCCUCCCAAAGUUUUUUGAGCCAAAUGACCUUCGGGAAUUGGACGCAGCUGAGUAUGAAGAGCUUGAAGGUGUCCACCACGAUCACACGCUGGAGGAUGGUGAAUCUGAUUCAGGAAGCUGUGGCAGCCGUGACGACGCUGAGAUAUUUGAUGAGCUGACAACUAACCGUGGAGAGCUAAAGCACAGAACUUCCAGCCACCGUGAAGAAAGGCACCUGCAGGUGCAUUCAAACGCCAUUCAACCCAGGUGUGGAGAUACUGAAAACUUGUCCGAGUGCUAAUGAAUUUCUGCUUAUUCUGUCGGAUGAGUAUAUUAUAGGCGUAUAUAGCACUUCCUCAAGCAGCGGUCCGUUGUAUUAUAUACAUAAUACAUUCAUACUUUCAUAUACAUCGUACUGUAGCUGGAGAUCGGCCGUACGAUAUGACAUGCUUGUACGUUGUCAACUUGUCACAUUGUGCAUGCAGUAAACAGAAGCAACUGGAUUUUACUGAAGGUCUGUAAGGCUGUGUGACAUGUAGAUUUCAAUGUUCUCUAGCC